CCCUUGCUCACUCCAUUUCACCGCUCGUGGUCCCUCGCCUACCAACUUGGCAGCUGUUGCGAGAUAUUAGUACAUCAGGAAGGGCCUCUCUUUGAGGAGACUUUGGGAAUCGGGUGCGCUGGACUGGAGGCAGGCAGACAGGGGAAAAGGGGGUGAAAAUCGAGAACUUAUUUGCUUGAUUUUGGGGUCCGCUCCUCUCAAAGGCGCGGCGACGAGGAGCGAGCAGAGGGCACGCCGUUCGGUAGAGACAGGGGGGUGGAACGAGAGCACAAGAGAGGGAAGAGACAGGGCGGUUGGCUGGGUGAUGCGCAGCAGCGAGAAGAACAAGGUUGGGGGCGGCUUUGCGGGACUCUUUCGGUGGAAAAAGAGCCCAACAAACGCUACGGCCUUCGACGUUACCGAGCCCGUGUCCAAGACUCCGAACUUGACUCCCGUGGUCCGGCAAGAGGUGAUGGUAGACCCUCCCACGUCUCGCGAGCUCAAGUACGAGUGCAUCAGCGAGUCACCGGCAUACAAAGGGUGGAGAAGUAUUCUCCGACGGAAAAUCCGGGGGCCGCAGGGCAAGAUUCGAUCGUAUGACGUCAUCACCCAGGAGCACCCGUCCGUUCUCGUCUUCACGUGGGAUACUCAGACCAACACGACGACGAUACUAAAGGAGUAUUACCCGGGGAUGAACCGCCUCAUGUACGGCGUCGUGGGCGGCAACUACGAGGCGGACAAGCACACGUCGGCGUUACAGGCCGCUGCCUGCGAGCUGGAGGAGGAGGCGCAUCUCCACGAGGGCACCUGGUACGCUCUGAUGAAGGACGAGAGGACGGUGGCCGGGGCGGGCAAGUAUUCGACGCAAGUGUUCCACUCGUACCUUGUCGUCGACCCCGUGGUGAAGGGCACGCCGAGAGGGCUUGACGACGGGGAGUUCAUCGAGUACAUCCGAGGCGUUUCCCUGGAAGAGGUGCGCGCGAUGAUUCACUCAGGGGACAUGAGCGUAACAUCCGGGUUUGCGGCUCUCAUGGCCAUCGAGAAGCUGCGGGAGCUGGGACACAUUAUGUGAUCCAUUCCCGCCGUAAGUUUUGCUGUGUUUUUCGUGUGUUUGGGUCUCUCUGCCGUUUCUUAUUUUUGGUGUUUUACAAAAUAUAUGAAUUUGUUGUGCUGUACUUUUGUACUCUUGCAUGGAAGUGGUUGAGGGUGGUCAAGGGGGGGGGGGGACAAGCAUGCUUUUUUCGUGGAAUGACCACCCGCCGACCGUUUGUUCGAGGUGUUUGGGGGGCAACAGGGGGGGGGAAGGGGGUGAACAAGAGACGAUGCGGUUGAAUUCACAGCUCGCGGGAGGAAACGGGCGGAAUGUGUGUGGGCUUGGUCCCAGACAGACGUGCGACCCGCACCCGGUGGCACUGCUGUACGGUUAUCCGAGGCAUGCAGCGAAGUUUGCGGAGCUUGGCUCUCGCGAUAUGUGGCUUCAUGUCUCUGUACCUCGUCCCCAGUGGUCGCUCACACACUUGCGCGUGUGACUUCCUUCGGCGGUUAUAUUUCGCGCCCUCCGCUCGCCGCCCACGGACAAGGCUGCCCCCCCCCCCCCCCCCCCNCCCCCCCCCCCCCCCCCCCCUUACCCCCUGGUUGUUGAAUCGCCCGCUCCCGCGGCGGUACCUGAACUGUUGUGUUUGGUCAUCGGUGUUCACUGGGCGAGUGUUGCUGUGUUUUUUUUUCGUGUUUCGUCCACCCUCGCGUCUCUCGAUGGCUUUGGUCUUUCGACGUUGUUUUGUUUGUGUGUAUUUUUUCGUUUCUUCUGCUUGCUGUGCCUUAAGCCGAGGUGUCUUGUUGCGGUCAGCCGCCAGAACGAGGGACAGUAUUGCUAUGGUGGGAAUUUACACUCCAACCAGCUGUAAUGGCGGCUGAUGAUGAAAAGGCCUUGGCAGCGUUGUCGAGGGGGUCAUUCUCGGCUAGAAUCGGCGCGAGGGUACUUUUUUGCCGACUUGGAAAACCUCAAUAAGGCAUGUUUGUUUCUCGGAGAGAGGGGGUAGGGUAUGGGUCGGGAGUUUGUCGAUAUAUUUGUCCCCGAUUCCAGCGUAUGCCAGGAGGAUGAGAAUACGGAGAGGGCACUUUUCCAAUCGUUCCCUCGAUUUCGGUUUCGGGUGAGACCGUGCGCCUCCGGCAGCGGCGGUGGCGGCGGCAACCUUUCGUCUAAUUGGUUGUUUCUGAUAUAGAACGCCCGAUAGUUUGUUAAGGAUCAGGGAGGAAAAUUGUUUUUUGACAAACGAAUUAAGGAUUAUUGACCUGUCAUGAUACAGGAGUGGGUGUCAUGGGAAAAAUGAGACCCAGGCACGGUAGGAAACCUUUCGCGCACAGCCCCUUGUGGAUUGUUGUUGGGCUUGACCAGUUCGGAAGUGGACGGAUGUGUGCUGGGACGCGGGUUCGACCACGCUCUGUAUUCCCCCGAACGCGUGCAGCAUGGUUUUGGCGAGAUGAAGGAAGACAGGGGUUGAAGUGACGAUAGAACGGUUUUGUUCGCCAGUGCCAUUCUUGGCUUGGGGUCGUCGUUGUUGUAGUGUGAGGGAAAAUGUUAUGAGGGGAACAGGCGGGGAGAAGGGAGGAAUGCAGGCUUGAGACGGAAGGACAGGUGAUAUCAUGCGCGAUGAGUGUGCGUAACAUGCGACAAUAACGGCAGUUUAAUGUGUCAAACCGAACGCAUUGCGUCCUUUGAACAACCUCUGGAGGACUGCAU